AUGAAUCUUCGGGAAAUAACAAAAUUGAUGGACGUUCUUGGCGUAACGGACGAAGGGGUGAAGACCCUAGGCGAGGCGAAGGAGCGAAUAAGAAAAGAGGUUCAACUGGCAGAAAAGACGUUCAACUGCUGGUCAUCAAGAGAGGUACGAUGUUAAUCAGUAAAAUUUCAUAGCCGUAACGAUUGAGUUUGACCGGGGUUCACUGUCUUUCAAAAAAGAGCGAUAUUUCGUGAUAAAAUGUACUUUUUCAAAGGAAAACCCCGUUCCAUAUGUUUCCCUUAUCUAAUGUAACACAAAAAUAGAAAAAACAAGUACCUCCUUCGUCGAGGGACCUUGGCACUGAAUCGUACAUCAGUUAAGGGUCGUUGAGACUGACAAUGGCAAGGCAUCAGUGUAUCUAAAUACUCAAAAACUUAUUUAAUUAAUAACUUAUUGGCCAUAUAUGGUUAGGAAUUUUUGUUGUUUGUAAUUUAGUUAUUUGGAAAUAGUCGAUAUACCGUUUAAAAACAUGUGUGUAUGUAUGUAUGUAUGUAUGUACGACUCGGGCUUAACGUGAAGCCUUAUAGUAAAGACAAAAUUGGAAGCCUAAAAAAAACCUCACUGGCAGAGGUCAAAUUUGCAGAUUAAUAGGGUAUGCUUCCUUUUGUCACGCAGUACAACCCAUUGGUGCCACACAUUAUCAAGACAAAACCGUUUCUAAAUAGAGAUAUAUAAAACAAGAAUUUAGAUAUAUAAAAACAAACGGUUUUGUCACGUGGUCGCUAACAGCUUUACUUUUUUAGGCCUUCUCCGUUUUAUCCGAAGCUAAAGAAGAAGAUGCCAGGAAAAGACGGCUCUUACUUGAUUUUUACACCAAAGCCGAAGCUUUUUUGGGAAGAAUGGAUGAACAGAUGAUAACGUUACUUCAAAAGCAUACAGAUCAUGUGAAAGAGAAUAUGAAACUGCAUAUAAAGCAACUGAAAAAGACGGAGUACUUUCUUCUCGUAGCAGGUAAAUGAUAAACCUCAAAAAAAAAAAAAGAAAAGAAAAAGACCGGAUACGUAUGAAGUGAAAACUCAAAAAAAAUUUCUGAGUUCCACGGAAGGGAAUAUAACCCAUGACCUUACGUGCACUGGUCGGAUGCUCUAUUUGUUCACUAAAGGUUCUUACAACACAGCUUAGUUUUUAGUUCCAGCCUUUUGGGCUCUGAAUUGAUCCAAAACCUUUUGAUGAGGAUUACUAGUCAAAGAAGGAUAAAUAUCCACUGGAACGUUUUUGAAGCCUUGGAUAAACUCGUUAUGCUUGAUUUUCGAAAAUCAUUAAGUAAGCAACGAGUGCUGAUUGUUUAUUGAAGCAUUACAAAGAAUCUCGAUAUGGGAACUUGCGAAAGUGUUGCUCAUUAGUCAUUUUUGCCUUCCUCUCAUUUGAAGAAGCUUAAGAAAGUGAUCGAUUGAACCACCUUGUUUUAGAGUUCGGCUGGUAAUCUUCGGUCCGGGGUUCUUUCCACUUUGCCAGACCGACCAGCCAGAGACCAGGGAAACUAACCAAUGGGAAACGAAACGAAGUCACGUUGUUCGAUUACAAAAAAUUUCCGAGUGGACCGAAGCCUUCUACGUACGUUUCGACCUAAAUUUCGAUUAAUUCAUUGUGAACAGGGAGAAAAAGACGAGAAUUUUUUUAAAAUGGAGGUCCAACCGGACGGCCCCGUAUCCAGUUCCAGCUGAACCCUAAAUUCAAAAACAGGUUUCAUCCGAGAAUUCUUGGACGUGUAUUUGAAUAAGGAGAUCCAGAUUGUUAACCAUCUACAAAACGUUUCCGCAAAAUUCGGUUGGAAAACAAACGGAACGGCUGAAAAGAUAUAGCAGUCCUGUUUUCCAGGCCGGAACGUCGAAAACGGAAGUUAUAUAGUGUUCCAUUCUUCGGAGCUCCUUAUAGUACCCGUUUUAGACCUCUGCGGCUGUUCUCCGUAAAAUGGGAUGGAUUUGUACAAUGGUAAACGCGAUUCCCGAACAGAAUUUACCAGUCUUGAAUUUUGUUUACCGUUUGCCCAAGGCGUGAACCAAUUUCCCAAUGGAAUGUAACCCUCGUUUUGGUUUAUUUACAGGUGAGACGUCAUCUGGUAAAAGCAGCUUGAUCAAUCUCAUUCUUGGAGAGGAGAUUCUACCUUACUCCCUUCUUAGCACAACGUCCACAAUAUGUGAACUGAAGUUUGGAGAGGAACGCAGGCUGGUGGUGCAUUUUAAAGACAAGGAUCCUGAAACAGGACUCAAAACUAAGGAAAUUUCCCUUGAGCAGCCAACAGGAUCUUUUGAUCAAAGCUUCCUCGAUCAGAUCUCCCCAUACAUUUAUGUCAAGACUGACCGCGAAAAAGGCUCAAUUGUCAAAAAGAUCGAGCUCUUAUGGCCGCACAACGUUUUGGAGGUAGAUCGAGCUCAUUUGGUCGCACAAUACUCUGUAGGUAGACUGAUAGCAGAGCUUCCGUGCGCGCCAAGCACGCGCAGCGUAGCCCCAUUGCUAUACCAAUUGGAAACGUAUGAAUGCAAAAAAAAUUUGGUUAUGACGUCAGCGUACGCCUGCCCGUGAAUACAGUCAAAGGGGGAGGGAGAGGAGAGACGCUGUAAGGGAGGGGAAUUUAAUCACUUUAGAGGCAAGCAAAACUAUGAAAAAUGAACUUUUAAGGGUUUGCUUUUAGCUUGGUCACACUUUGGUCGCGCUCCAGGACUAGUCUAGUCUCAGACUGGUCAAAAUUGUGACGACAGAAUUCAUGCGUAAAAACUAAUGCAGCUUCUAGAAAAUUGUUUACCGACAAAUGAAGCUUUGAGUAAGUUUUAGGUCUGUUUGCGGGAUAAUUUUUUUUUCUUAAAUCACCCAGCCCACUCCCUCAAAAGGUAAAUGGAGGGCUCCUAAAUUUAAGAAUAGGUACAGGCUUAAAGUUUAUAAUUUUUAAUAUAAAAAUUGUGCUUAUGAACGGAAGCUUCGCUGUUAGGCUUGGCAAAAUCUAUAUAUUAGUUCCAGCGGUAGAUCAAGGAAAUUACGUAAUAAUUCUUUGUUUACUUAUUUAAGGGAAUAUAUAAAAAAGUUUUCACGACAAUUCUCAUUACUUUAGGUGAAUGAGUUUAAUUCUGAUAGCUCUGUUACCGAACAUUUCCGGGAAUUCUUUGUGGAAGAUAUAAUUAUCAAGAUUUGUUUUACAAAUUUUGUAAUAUUUUUAAAAUUUUGGUUAUGAAUCAUAGGCAGGCUUAGUAAUCAUCGAUAGCCCUGGUGUUGGAGAAUCUGAAGAGAUGGACGACAUGGUAAUCCAGUAUCUGCCUGAAGUCUUUGCUUUUAUGUAUGUCAUUAACAGUUCAAACGCUGGUGGAAUUCAAAAAGACAGAGUGAGUAUUUUGAUCAAUUUCGCUCGAUUGUACGCAUGCGUUAAGUACAGAAGUUGGUGAGGGGAGGGGAGGCUUCCCACACGCCCCCGCACUCCAUUCCAUAUGCAUGUAAUUGAAAUUUACCUUCUGAGCGUCAGAUUUCACUUGUAGUUCACGUACUUUUGAUGACGUUUGUUGUUUUUACCCACGUACGUAUCAUACCAUCCUAGGAGACCCAGGGGCAGAUAGUUGCUAUUUCAAGUUCACGUUGAUUUAUUUAUUUUUGUUCCCUUUUCCUAUUUGAAAUUCGGAUAGUUUUAUUCUCUGGAACAUAGAGUUUCAACAAGCGCGAGGAAAUCUUUUCUGCAGUAGUUGAAAGAAUGUUUUUGCCGGGUGGAUUUAAACUUGAAAAAGAUGAAACUAAUGAUAUACAGACACACUUAUAAUUCAUGACACGGCAAUGUGCUUACAUUCUCGUCUCGACCGAAAUUUGCCUACAUCACCGGUUUUAUCUCUUUCGAAGUUUAGGUCCAGUGCUGAGGGGGGAAUUUCCUCUAUAGGCACUUACACUCCUCGUUCCUGCAGUUCUCAGAGUUCUGCCAUGCUCUUGGCAUUAAAAUCGCUCUUAUUCUUCUGCUUAGACAUUUCCACAACGGAACUAUUCGAGUUUCAAACAGCGAAAGGAAUGGAAUAUAUAUCAAUAAACGGGAACAUGAAAUAGUUACUCCUAGUUCUCAAUUCGUACAAGUACAGUAUGUGGGAGAGAGCGGAUGGGGCUUGUUUACAACAAAGGUCAUCAAAAGUCACGUGAAACUACACGUGAAAUCUGACGCUCAGAAGGUGAAUAUUCUUCAUUAGUUCUACUUGGAACUAUAUGACUUUUUUUCUGUGAGAAAGUGCAAAUAUAUUUUCUAGCCUCAGACGGAGCAAGUUUUGCAAAUAGCAUUAGGAAUACCCAGUUAGUUUGAUAUGUUGAGAUUGUACAAAAUUUCCUCAAUUAAAGACGGUAAUGGCUAAAGCCAAAUCAAGAAAAAGAUAGACGGCAAGAUUUAAGGCGUGGCAAUAUAAAAUGGAAGACGUUUCGUUUCCGGGUAGUUAUUUUGAUAGUGGUACCGAUUUUGACCGACUAAAGUAAUGAUGCUCUGCUGUUCAAAAAUGAGCGAAUUUUCUGGUAUGGCAAAAUACAUGCACUGUAAUUUUCAGGGAGUUAUAAUAACUCCUCUAGUGGGGCUAAUUUAACUCCUUACAGUGGAGUUAUUUUUCGUGGAGUUAUUUUAACUCCAAAAAGGAGUUUAAAGAACUCUUUUUCAGGAGUAAAAGUGACCCCAGAUAUUGAGGAGUUAAAAUAACCCCAAAAAAGGAGUUAUCCUCUACCUAAAAUUUUUACUCCACUUUCAGAGUUAAAUUAACUCCAAAAAGAGUAAAAACAACCCCUGUAAGGAGUACAAGUAACCCCAUUUCGGAGUAAUUUUAACUCCAAGACUGGGAGUAAAAAGAACUCUUUUUCAGGAGUAAAAAUGACCCCAAAUUCGGAGUUAAAUUAGGAGUUAAAAUAACCCCAAAAAAGGGGUUAUCCUGUACCUAAAAUUUUUACUCCUUUUUUGGAGUUAUAAUAACUCCCUAAAAAUUACGGUGUGGAGAAUGCGCCAUAGAGCUGCAAAGUGAGGUAGUUUUCCGAUGAGCAUUCGCUACAAAUGUUUGUCAGGACAAGGUAGAUUUAAUGCAAUAACGAAAACCUUGCCACCAGCUAUAGAGGCUGACGAAAAUAUGUUCACAUAAUGUUUGCCUUACAGCUUGAAAAACUGCUGCGAAGAGCGAGAAGCGUGUUAAUCGGGGUUCCAAAGGAAGGAAAAGAAGAAGGCGGAAUAUCGCUUGACAUACUGGAAGAUUUGUUAUCCAAAUGCGCUUUGUUUGUGUGCAACAAGUGGGAUGUAGUGCAAGAAGUUGAGUUGGUCAAGGAUGAUGUUGUAAAAAAACUGAAAAGAGCCUGGUCCUGCAUUGAUCCCGAAUCACAAAUCAUCUACAUGUCAACCACAAGAGCUACUACCGCUCAAAACCUUGGUGUUAUCACCAGAGACUUUUCCUUUUUAAUGGAUGGAAUGAGAUCGGUCAUCUUACAGAGCAUUGAAGCUAACUUGGAACUCCAUUGGAAGUAAGCGUUAAUCUAGACUACAAACACAUUUACUCCUCGUUGUAACUUUCUAAUUCGGGUAACCUGACGCUGGCCGGAUCCUUUCCAUUUUUCUAUUCUUUAAUAAUGAUUGAUGAUCUGAGUGCAAGAGGGGCAGCUAUGUGGAAAUAUGUAAAUGAGACCACAAUUUCUGGGGUGGUUUGUAAAGUUCAAGAGAGCUGAAUAUUCUGCAAGUGGUAGACGAUCUCUCGCAGAAUGGCUGACUUAAAAAAUAGCUUUUACCUGUUAAUUUUUUGAGCUAAAAAUAAAACAAUCAACACAAUCACAUUUAACUUCUUGCGAGAUUAAGGGAGAUCUCAAAGGUUAUUUCUGUCGGCGUAGAAGGUAAAAAGUUUUCAAAAAGACGGCCACAUGAUGUUCUACUAGUUUUGUUAUUUUGGCUAGGCGCGCUCGAAUUUAAAAUACUGAAAUUUCUAUUUUUCCGUUGCCUUAAUAUUUUCCUCGACAAUUUCCCCCGAUUUUCAGUACAUAAACCUUUAAAAAGAAAAACAAACAGCCAACGAGCGGGGACACCAGUUUUCCUGGUUUAUUUUUUACAAAAAGCGAAGGUAAACAACCAGUCUGUUAACACUAAAAAUUCCUUAAACAGCGAUGCCAUAUUUUUCGUCUAAUACUUCAAAGUUGGCGAUUGAGGUUUCUUUCGCAGAGAGCCUCCGCUUGCGUACCCCGUUCAGAGAAGUCAUUCCCGGCUAAACUUUCAAAUGAAACCAGUUUUAAGAUAGACAGUAUUUUGAUUUGCACCCGUUUGUUGGUAAAUCAAAAGGCACCUUGUUAGCGGUCAACAACUUGAAGAGGGAUUCAACUCCGCGAUACACUCACUUUCCGUAAAUAAAGCAAAUCCUGAGAAGAUGUGAACAACCAUAUGAAUUUUAUCAAUUUCCAUGGCACAUAUUAAGGCAUAUUUUCCUACCAUAAGACCAUAAAACAAUAAAAAAGACAGCAAAAUUGAUUCUUCUCUCCGCCGACGACGGAUCAUUCACGAAAACAACCACGCCAGGAAUAAGCGCUUUCAACUUCCGACGUUUCCGACAGCCAAUCAGAUCUUGUGGCAUUGUUCUAACAGCCAAUCAGCGUUACGGCCAAAAUCUGGCCGUAACGAGCACAAACGUGAAUGAGUUUAGAUCAGCCCCAAUUUUAGCGGUAGCCGUUAGAGAGAAUGUAUGAGAGCCGCUCAAAUUGGGCCUGAUCUCAGGUUAUAAGAUGUUAGAACCGACGUGCUUGUUUGGGGUGUCAAAGAGCAUAAAAGGGAGAAACAUCGCAUCGUUUUAUUUGUAAUAAAUUGUAAUAUAUGCAAUUUUCAUUAAUCAAGUAGUCCACAAUUCAUUGAAAAUUGGAGCUGACAAGUUUCAGUUUUCGGGAGUGGCUUAACAGAGUAGGAAGGAGCCUGACACUAAGAUCAGUGUUAGUUAAUUUGAAAUACUUUAACAGGACAGGGUGCUAAGUAAUAUCACUGCACGAAAUAUCGCCUUUGCCAAUAGCCUUUUCCGCAGGGUCUCAGGUGGUAAAGACUAGUUUUACUUAUGCCUUUCAUAUAUUUUCUAAGUUGGCUAACACCGUUUUUCCAUUUCCUCAAAGGUACGUUUUUUUUCUUUGCGAUUACUUCUUAGCAUAAACAAAUAAACGUGCUUUUUUGUUUCAGUUGGCUUUACACACUUCUUUCAAGGAUUGUCGUUCAGGCAAAACUGUUUGUGGUAAAUGCUUCCAGAGGCAACGAGGAAAUUAACAGGAAAAUGAAGAAGAUUAUUCCCCGCUUGGAUGCAAUUGAAAAAAAUCAAAAGAAAGCGAUAAAGAAUCUGCGCAGAUCUUUCAACCAACAAGUUAAUGAAGUUGUGCAGCAACUCCACGAUUACCUCUCUUCAGAAAUCGCAAUUGUGCAAUUUACAUCACCGUCGCCGGGCAGGUUUCCACAUCUAGAUAACACUAUGUCCUGGAAAGAAGUGAACGAGGAAAUCACCAACGUACUGUCUAGUCGGUUUCACGAGAUUGUAGAGCGAUGGGAGGAAGAAAAUCAGGUGUUUGUAAAUGCUCGCCUUUUUCUCAUGCAAAAGUUUCAGGAUUGCUACGAAGGUGUUGAAUUUGAGCUACAAAAUCUCCAAAGCGAUGCCACGGGUGUUCAUGGUGGCGUUGGCAUUUCAGAAAAGAAAACCUUUCGAUUUCACUUUCCCAUCACCCGAAAGGCGUUGAUGCAGAUGAGGAUCGCUGUCGUCGAGGCGCUUCGCUUCAUCGCAGACUUGAUCGACGAAAUGAUCGAUUCUGCGUUGGGUUGCUCUUUGGAAGAUUAUUUUGUAAUUGACUUCGAACUUUUUAUGACAGAAACUUGCAUAAAUUUCCUCGCUACCAGAAGUAAGAACAAGGAGCUUAGAAAGUUUGUGCUAGACAAAUUAAGAGACGCUAAGCUCUAUCUUGAUCAAAUUGAAGAAUGUCUUCCAGCACUGAUAGCGGCGGAAAGAGAACUAUACGAACAAUUGUCAUGUAAACUGCCGGAGGAAACUCGUUCUAAGAAAAAAACAAAAGAUCGCUACCAGCCAAUAUUGGUUGAGGGGUCACAACUAAGAGAUCGGCUAGCACUAUUUGGCAUAAUAGAUGUUUGUGUAGUCAAAAUAGACCCAGAAGAAUUAGACUGGAAAGAAGAAAUGUCAUCCCUCCUUGGCAGUGGGGCAUUUUCUGCAGUUUACAAAGGAACAAUGAGAAGAAGGGAAGAAAUUACGACUGUGGCUUUGAAGGUGUGCAACGAGGAGCUUAACGCCGACAAUGCCAGCAAAAUCAUGCAGGAGAUGAAAAUUUUGAGGCAGGUUGAAAUUAUUCGUUUUGUGUUGUUACGUCCUUAAUCGUUCUUGUAUGUCGCACAGAGUCAGAUUAGUGUGUUGUGAGCGGGACCGUGAUUAUACAAUUGGUAUAUGAUUUAAUGGAGCCGAUGUAGAAGGCCUAAAUGUAAUAAACGGUCCUAAAUGUAAUAAAGUCCUAAAUGCAAUAACAAUUUGCCCUAAAUGUAAUAAACUCUUAAGCUGCCAAUUACAGUUAUUACUCGAAUACGCCCCGCCCUCAAAUAAACGCCGCAUUUGGGGCGUGCGGCGCUAAUUAACUCCCCAACGCCCCAAAUGCGGCGCUUAUUUGAGGGCGGGGCUUAUUCGAGUAAUUACUGUAAUUGGCAGCUUAAGAGUUUAUUGCAUUUAGGGCAAAUUGUUGUUACAUUUAGGACUUUAUUACAUUUAGGACAAAAUGUUACUACAUUUAGGACUUUAUUACAUUUAGGACCGUUUAUUACAUUUAGGCCUUCAACAGCCGGAACCAGUUGCAUGCGGAAUUGCAUACAUUUUAGGCAUCCUACUGCACUGAUGAACAGUUACGACAUGUAAAUGAUUAUAUUUUUUAACAACCACUAUAAUUUGCAGUCUGUCCACUUUGAAUUGAUGACUAGAACGUCUAACUACAGAGCAAAGGCAGUACAUUCUCCUCAGUUACUUUACUGCGCUUUUCACAAACAUGCGAACUCUAACUUUUAAAAGCCGCCUUCGCAAUUGCGUUUUUCCCUGCCGUCAAUCAUAAUUACGACCACAAGCAACGAACCCUGAAACACAAAAACACACAAAACGGAUCGAAAUCCACCAAUCACAAAUCACAAACCUUGACCUUUUGAACACGUUAAAGUAAAGUCUUGUUUCCUAAGAGGUCCGUUAAGAUGAUUGACGGCAGCGAAAAACGCAAUCGUCAGUUGGUUUUUGAACUUCAGAAUUCGAAUGUUUGUGAAAAGCGCAGUAAACCCCAAGUGUUGCCUGGCUGGGAAUCGAGCUUAGACCUCUACCAUUCCAAAGGCUAAUUUAACCAGCCAAUUUGUCUUAAUAGAGGAUGUUAGCAUCAACAACGAGUACGAGUACGAGAACGACUUCAAGCCGUACUCGUACUCGAAGUCGUUUUCUCAGCUUUCUAUGUUAGCGAUGACACCGAGUUCGAGUUUAUAGAAAAUAAAAUUAUGGGAUUCCGCAUGACUGGGCGCCAAAUUUGAGUCGAGGUAGCGCUUCCACAACAAUUUCGAAAACAAAAAAUGACUCUAAAAAACGUUCAAGACUGUUUGUUACUCAAUUACCAGCUAUCGAUAGAGACCACAGGCCUCACGAAAUUGUCAUUAUGUGGCGAAAAAUAUCCCAGCAGAAGAAGAUAUGAAUGAAGAGUACUUAGCUCCUUAUCCAGUGUGGUUCUUGUGUUGAAUUUGAUGAGUAUUAGCGUGUUUUGAGAGCCCGACGGUCCAUCAGCCAGUUUUCAAAGGAAAAUUGAUAUUUCGCGGUAACUCGAAGGAUGGUUAGUCGCGGUCUUAAAACACGCUAAAACCCAUCAAAUUCAACACAACAACCACACUGGAUAAAGAAGUAAGUAUUCUUUAUUGAUAUCUUCGACUGUUGGGAUAUUUUCGACCAAAUAAUGGCAAUUUUCGAGUUAUUUCGUGAGCCUGUGAGGCCUGUGGAGAGACAUGAAACUUUCCCGGGUAAAUGCAAAUUUACUCUGUGUAGGAAAUAUCGCGUUUGAAUUGCUUUUCUUCGACUUCAAAAGCAGUAUUUUACAUAAAACAUAAUAUAAGGAAUGUUCAAGAUGAUAAAGACAGGCUAGAAACGAAAAGAAACUGCAUUAAAACGAUCGGAAUUUACCUUUGAAAACCAGCCCUUCCCAGUCGUUCUACCCACUUCGAGUUUUUGGUGAGAACUCGUCGUAGUGCAACUUGACAGGAAGACUUGAAAACGUGGAGAUGCGCAGAACGGAUGCGCAGUACGCAAAAUCGCUGAUCUCUUUCUAGAAAUGAGCUAUCCACGGCGAUUAUACCGCAUACUGCACUUUAUUUUGUUUGAUUUAUGAAAACGGAAGUGAGUAUUUUAAAUACUCAAUAGCGACUGCUUGCUUUGAGGGUACGAAUUGUGUGAAAACGUCUCUAAUUCCUCCAAAAUUAUAUACUUUAUAUGGCAUGGCACUUGGCAACAUUGCAAAGAAGUAAUAGAAAUUUCUAAGCUUAAUUACAACACUGAUUACAACUGUCAUGAAUAAUGACAGGAGGUGGAGAAUUCCUUUCCGUACUGUGCUUCGUGUAGAAUUUACAUAUCAAACACGAGAGGCAGUGUUUCAGAGUGUUUCAUCUAGGGAUUAAACCUUACAACGUGCAGGGGAGUAAUAUAUUUUUGAGACACUUUUGGAGCGUUCAUAUAACCUUUCAAUUACGGAAACGUCUCUGUAGGAGACGUCAAGACCAUCAGAUAUAAAUCACGUCAAUAUAAUCUGCAUGAUUUCCUUUGAAUUAUUAUAAAUGAGUCAAGAAAAUAGAUUGAGAUAUAAAUCAUAUUUGUACUGCAUUUGAAUUCCUGUUUUUUUGAAAGGCUAUAAAAGUUGAAAAAGUGGUAAUUAAGUGAUACCCAUGAUGCCACCAUUUUUUUUUUUUAUCUAUGUAAAGAAAUCAUUGGGCAGCCUUUAAAAAGCACAUCAGAGCUGUGCUGUGUUUCCCUUUGCCUUAACCGUUUUUCUUUGUAAUAACAAGAUUUUGUACAAUGUACGCAGGUUGGCAAUAAAACGUACCUAUGUAUUAUUGAAAACAAAGUUGAAGAACCUGAGAUUAAUAAUUGCACCUGUAUUUCUUCUGUUCACCAGAGUACUUAAACACCCUCACAUCGUUCACUUUUAUGGCAUAUCUCUUGUUAUGAGCACCUCGAGAAUGAUUUUUGUCAUGGAGAAGUGCAAAGGUAACUUAAAGAACUACAUCUUCAGAGAACUAAAGUCAGCUGCUGGUAGAUCUGAAAAUCCUACUAACGUCGGACACUUAUGCCGUUACGCAAAACAGAUAACCGACGGUUUGGCUUUCAUUCACGCAAUGGAAGUGGUGCACAGGGACCUAAAGCUGGAAAAUAUCUUGGUAUGGAGAUAGAAUAUUUAUCAGGAUAGUAAAUAUAAUGUCGUUUGUUCGUGUGUGCAAAUUGAAGCGGGGCAAGGUAAUCUUAGAAUGACGUCUUCUUCGUGAAUGUAAUGUCAAGACGUGGGACAUAGUGAGAAUCCUAAUGUCUCAAAUUUCAGCAACGGUGGUUUUUUUUAAUUCACUUUUUUUAUUACACUUUAUUGACAAUAACAAUAGUAGCAAGAAAAAAAAGUACAACAGAAAAAAAAGAGGUAGUACAGUACUGCAAUUUACGAGUUGUAACAUGUCAUUUGUUCAAUUAAGGCUGGUGUUGCACAUAACACAAAAUAAAAGAAAAUUGAAAAACUGCAGAAAGAAAUUUUCCCCUUCUGCAAAUAAACUGGUGACCGAUAUCAAGGUGUUAGAAAAGUGGGCUGUGAAGUUAGUCUGUCGAGUAACACUUGAUUCUUGGGUGAUCUGACUUUUGCGAUUUGCUAGGUUUUUCCACGAUUUAGCACAAAAAGUGUUACCGGAAAAAAAAUUAACAACUCACGUAUAAAGCGGACAUGGAUCUGACAAUCAAUUACCUCAAAUGUAGGUUGAGUUUGUUUUACUGGGUUGGUCGAAACGUUGAGUGUGGGAAAAAGAGACUCAGAAGAUGGCGCAUGAAUGUGAGCUAGCCGUAAUUACAGCAAUCAACCGCACAGGGACAAGCAGUUUGAAUGGAAAUGAGCGCGAACAUUCUUUCCCAGUGAGAAAACCAUUAAGACUGGAGCAAACGCAAAAAUACCAAAACUGAUUUAAAAAAGAGACAAUCCCCGAAAAAGUUAAACCCUCUCAUUGAGUUUGAGUCUGAUUUAACGUACGUUUCGUAUUAAACACCUCUCUCCCACUAAAAUGAGUAUUCGGGAACCAGUUUUGGUGAAGUGUGAGGAUGGGCGAUCCCUAGCUGGAGGUUAAGUUAAGGUACAUUUUCGGCGAAAAGAGACCAGUAAAUCCUACAGUUUACUGUUCUCUAAAAAAACGAGAAUCUGUUGCCCAGCCCGCUGCCAUGCAACACGCAAGUUAUCAUUUUUUUUGUAAUUAAUUAGCUUUAAUUAAUUUUUUCACACUUAAAUAGUGAAUACAAAACAAAAACACUUCAAAACGUUAACAAAUUACUUUAAAAAACACACUACAAAACAUUACUUUAAAAAACACACUACACUACAUAUCCAAACAUAUCCUUAUGCAAGGAAAGUAGUGUAUAAGGCACCGGUUACGCCCGUUUUUUGUGGAUUUAAUUAACUUUUUGAGUGGCAUAAAUUACUACUGAUAGGAUGAAUGACAUCUUUUUCGCAAAUAGUCAGGUUAUAUAGAGUGUCAGAAAGGCCAAACGCAGGCCAGAAAGGCCAUAACCAGGCCUGAAAGGCCAAAACCAGGCCAAAAGAGACAAAAGGAGACAAACGGGCCAUUUCUGGUCAUGUGUUUUUUUUUUCUCGUACGCACGCGUGGGUGUCGCGCGUCGCUAGUUACCCAGCAGCUUUCACUGGAAUUAUCAUCUUUAUGGUAAUCACAAAUAACAGUGCCUAACUAAAACGUUUUGUUCUUUCUUUAGUAACUGAUAUUUCAAAUUUUGGAUUUGUUAUUUAUUGCAGAAGUUUACUAUUAUUGUUAUUAUGAUCAAGUCAUCAAUAAAACACACUUAAAGUUUGGUUGUUUACAGAUUUUAUUGAAAUGCAACGAUACAAGGGUCCAGGAAAUAAAAAAUUCUGUAACAUUCAUAGCAGGUCUAGUCUUGAUCUUCGAUAAGCGAAAAUUCUUACUCAAUCGAUUGUACGAGAAGCAGCCCAUUCCACAAUUUCCAAUAUUGAAAGCUGCUGGGUAACUAGCGACGCGCGACACCCAAGCGUGCGUACGAGAAAAAAAAAGACACAUGACUAGAAAUGGCCCGUUUGUCUCUUUUGGCCUGGUUUUGGCCUUUCAGGCCUCGUUAUGGCCUUUCUGGCCUGUGUUUGGCCUUUCUGACACUCUAUAUAACCUGACUAUUUGCGAAAAAGAUGUCAUUUGUGUUCAUCCAUCGAACUGUCAACAUGGUUUACAAGAGAGUUUGCAGAAACUGUCCUAUUUCAUCGUGUGGGGGCGAAGUACCUUGUCAGAUUAGCUAACCAUCUCGCGAAUGUUCAUCAGUUAGACCACAUCCAGCGAAGACAGUAUUUACAAGAGGCGAAACUGCAACCUAAAGUUAAAGUCUUCGUUUACGAAAGUGAAGCGGGUAAUUCCGGAAAAAAUCACUAUCGCAAUCCAGUAGAGACACAAAAAACGGUGUACGAACUGUCAAGAUCACGAAGAACUGAAGCCUGUUUUGAAGCAAAAGCUAAAAGAGCGACUACCAAGUAGAAGACAUAGCGCAAGAAACAAAGAAAGUCGAACUCUUGGCUUAGAGGCCAUCGGAAAAUUGUGUAGACACGGAAGGAUUAUUGAUUAUUCCUUGAAAUAGAGCGGAAAAAACUGAUUUGUAAUAGUCAGUCAAAGGAUUAAUUUUCAUUCCUUUUCCUUUCAAAUCGCUGUGUAUUUGACUCUUUUUUUGUUAUUGGUUUUUAAUAAAGUUUUUAAAACGGUAUCUGUCUUGUGGUUUUAUUGCUAGCCAUUAUUAGUCGCGUGUUUUAAUUGAUCCUUGUUAAGUUAUUUAAAAUUGUAGAGAUGAACUGAUUUGAAUUCAAGUUUGGGUGUGUGAACUCGCAUAGUUAACUGACUAACGGCGCGUGAAUUCACAAGACCAUAAGCUCAUCAAGCGCUGAGACUUCAAUAGUUAGUCGUUUCCUCGAGAUACAACGGAGAAAACGCUUUCGCAAUGGUGAGUCAAAAUUGAAGUAGAGAGUUUUCAGCUCCAAUCUGUGUAUGUGUGUGUGUGUUUUGUUUAUAUAUCCGAUUUUUAGCGCUAAAUAAGACAUGGGUUGCUAGGCGAUCGCACCUCUUAUUCCAUUUCAUUUCAUUAGGUACUAGAAUGGAAUAUAUUUAAGAACGAAAAGAGUUAGGGUUUACUUUAGAACCACCUGUUGUUUUCUAUAGAAUUUUUAUACCCUGUGCAAUACUUUCUACAGAGUCAAGUAAACAAAGAUUUACAUUUUUGCUUGAUAGGCAGUUUUUUGCUUCGCUGUGCUUCGACCUCAUUUUCAUUAUUUGCCCGAAAAAAUUAGUACGAUUUCGCAUUCGCCUAACCUCCUUUCUCCUUUUGUACAGAGUCAAGUAAACGAAGAUUGACAUUUUUGCUUGAUAGGCAGUUUUUCUCUUCGCUGCGCAUCAACCUCAUUUUCAUGUUUUGCCCGAAAAAAAUUAGUACGAUUCCGCAUUCGCCUAACCUCCUUUCUCCUUUUUUCCUUUUUUGAAGUAAAGAUUUUUUAGUUAACCUCUGUUUCUUGGUUUUGUUUAGAACUGAUUUUUAGUGAAAAUAAUUUUAAUGAUUAAAGAUUUUUCAUUUAAUAUAAUCUGCAAAGAUGGCACGUUCAAAAUUUACCAAUCGAAGACUAUAGCAAAUUGCUGAUUAUAUCAAAAAAUCACUUUUCUAUUUAUAGAUUAUGAUCUCAACAUUUUUUAUGACGUCAACCUCUUGGGUAUUCUGACGUCACUUGUUCCUUGCCAGCUAAAAAUAAAGUAUGACAUCAUCCUAUCUUGAUGGAAUGCAUGACGUCAUCAGCAGUAAUUUUUGCCACUCAAAAAGUUAAUUAAAUCCACAAAAAACCGGUGUAACCGGUGCCUUAUACACUACUAAGGAAGUUAUUAUAACAUAUACAUUUACAUAUCUACUUAUGGCCUUGGCUCCAACGAGUGUCCUGUAGCUCAAUGGUAGAGUGUCUGGAUUAGUAACCAGACUGUCAUAGGUUAGACUCCCAAUACAAUUACGUAGUUAUUACGCUCUUGUUAUAACAUAAUAUAUUGUCCCAUUUAAGUUGUCUGAAGAAAACACAGUAAAGAUUGCUGACGUGGGCCAGGCCAAAGCAGAAAUAGACAUCACCGGCACUCUUGCAGGAACACCUGUUUAUAUGGCACCGGAAGUGUUUCAUUCCCGAGUGUACGACUCCAAGGCAGACAUCUACAGCCUGGGGCUGAUAAUGUGGGAGAUGUGGUACGGACAGCGGGUCUUUGCUGACGCUCCAUUAACAACAUUUCAAGAUUUCUUUAAGUGGGUGGAUGAAGGUAACCGUCCAGUUGACAGGCGGGGUUGCAAGAUGCCUCCAUCCUUCUGGGAACAGUUGAUGAAACAGUGUUGGGACGGGAAUCCAGAUAAACGCCCCUCUGCCAAAGAAUGUAACGAAAGAAUAGUCAGUUCUGUAAGAUCUGAAACUUAUGUUAUAAUAUAGAAUAAGUAGUAACUAGCAUAUGUCACAGCUUGUGACAAAAUUCCAGAUGUGUCAGAAAAAGGAUUCAAAAAUUAGAGGCUUCUCUGUUGUCACUCUCAAAAGAGGCAGGCAAUCAUAAACCAAAUAUAAAUGUGAUCAAAAUGAAUUUUGAUCAGAUCUUUGAUAAUCCACUAGAAAAAACAGACACAAACAAAUAAAAACAAGGAUACUUAGUUAGUGAAGGAAAAUUUACGUUUAUGCAGAAAGCCUUCAAUUUUCCAAAAGUUAACUACCAAGAAAAAAGUUAUAGAAUAUGCAGAUGUUAACUUAUCGUACUUGUAACGCUGUGAGUUGACUUGACUUUUGUAUCAUCAUGGGGAUUACCGUGUAGCACGACAUUUUUGCAGGAGUUUAUUUUUGCAGAUUGGCGAUUUCUUGUGUUUUGUGGGAACUGAUUUUUGCGAUUUUCAGAAAGCACCCAGUACCAGCAUUGAUAAUAUUUUCGUUUUUAUUGAGUACGUGCAAUAGAAAUACAUAUUUUCAAACAAUAAACCAGUAUUUCAUUGUAUACCAUUUUGUUUCUGAAUGAAACAAUGCGGGGCAAGCAUUCCCGCGGUAAAUUGUCAUAGUUUAGUGUUUAUCUUUUUGUUAUUUUUUUUUUUCAGUAGUUUUUUAUGUUUCUUUUCCUUUUAGAAAAAUGCAAAAAAAUUAAAUGCAAAAAUUGGCUUGAUCGCAUAAAACUAUACCGCUUUGGUAGCUUGUGCAAGGAAUUAAAAGCUAAAGAGACAAUCAAUUAUGAGUUAAACUGUUUUGUACACAAG